AUGGCUGCCCCCGCCAACAAGUUCAAGGUCGCUGACCUGUCCCUUGCCGCCUUCGGCCGCAAGGAGAUCGAGCUCGCCGAGAACGAGAUGCCCGGUCUUAUGCAGACUCGCGCCAAGUACGCUGCCGACCAGCCUCUCAAGGGUGCCCGUAUCGCCGGUUGCUUGCACAUGACCAUCCAGACCGCCGUCCUCAUCGAGACCCUCACUGCUCUUGGUGCUGAGGUUACCUGGACUUCCUGCAACAUCUUCUCCACCCAGGACCACGCCGCUGCUGCCAUUGCCGCUGCCGGUGUCCCCGUCUUCGCCUGGAAGGGUGAGACCGAGGAGGAGUACAACUGGUGCUUGGAGCAGCAGCUGUCCGCCUUCAAGGAUGGCCAGAAGCUCAACCUUAUCCUCGACGAUGGUGGUGAUCUGACCCACCUCGUCCACGAGAAGUACCCCGAGAUGCUCAAGGGCUGCUACGGUGUCUCUGAGGAGACCACCACCGGUGUCCACCACCUCUACAAGAUGCUCAAGGACGGCAAGCUCCUUGUGCCCUCCAUCAACGUCAACGACUCCGUCACCAAGUCCAAGUUCGACAACCUGUACGGCUGCCGCGAGUCCCUCAUUGACGGAAUCAAGCGUGCUACCGACGUCAUGGUUGCCGGCAAGGUCGCCGUCGUCGCUGGAUUCGGUGAUGUCGGCAAGGGCUGCGCCCAGGCUCUGCACACCAUGGGCGCUCGUGUCAUUGUCACCGAGAUUGACCCCAUCAACGCCCUCCAGGCCGCCAUGGCCGGCUACGAGGUCACCACCAUGGAGAAGGCCGCUCCCCGCGGUCAGAUCUUCGUCACCACCACUGGCUGCCGUGACAUCCUGACUGGCGCUCACUUCGACGUCAUGCCCAACGACGCCAUUGUCUGCAACAUUGGUCACUUCGACAUCGAGAUCGACGUCGCCUGGCUCAAGGCCAACGCCCAGAGCGUCCAGAACAUCAAGCCCCAGGUCGACCGCUUCCUGAUGAAGAACGGCCGCCACAUCAUCCUCCUUGCCGAGGGUCGUCUGGUCAACCUUGGCUGUGCCACCGGUCACUCCUCCUUCGUCAUGUCCUGCUCCUUCACCAACCAGGUUCUUGCCCAGAUCAUGCUGUACAAGUCCGGUGACGCCGCCUGGGGCCAGAAGUACGUCGAGUUCGCCAAGGCUGGCAAGCUCGAUGUUGGUGUCUACGUCCUCCCCAAGGUCCUUGACGAGGAGGUCGCCAGACUCCACCUGUCCCACGUCAACGUUGAGCUCACCGAGCUCACCAAGACCCAGGCCGACUACCUCAGCAUCACCGUUGAGGGUCCCUACAAGAGCGACAUCUACCGCUACUAA